UUGAUGUUGUGCGCGCUGGCGACAUCGGUGGCUCCCGCGGCGGGGUGGAUGCAGCGCUCGGGCUGGCUAGGCCAGCUCGUGCAGUACUACAAGAACGAAUUCUUCGAAGACCUCGCCAACAUUACUCCAUCCGUUGACGUCCAAGCGAAACUAAUGCUCGCGCCUUCGGGCUACAACGACUCGGCUGAUUGGGACGUGGACAGCGUGAUUCGUCUGCUGUACCUUAUGCACCGCAGCCCCUCAUCGCAGCCCGCGCUCGCCGCCGUGCGGCGCAUGCUCGCCGUGUCGACGCGGCGAUUCAUUGUCAACCCCGCCUACAUCAGCAAAAAGCUAAGCUACAAGCUGUUCCCUAGUCUACCCGAGGACGUCUACUACGACGGGUCAGCCAGUACGGACGACGACGGCGAACUAGAAGACCCUUGGCGCAGCAACCUGAACAUCACCGACGACACCAUCAUUGUCAUUGCGAACCCUGUCGAGGCGCGGAUGCCUAGCUCGCGGAUUUCCGCAAAGAAACUGCGGUGCGAUUUUCGAUGUGGUCAUUGAAUGAAUGAAUGAAU